UUAGCCCAGUUGAAAGGGAGAAGGGAACAGCGUGGUCGAAAGAGUUUUGUUUUUUCUUGGUUAAAAGUAGCUAAAAUCGGCUGUAAUGGAUGACGAGGAAGAGACUUACAGGUUAUGGAAAAUUCGAAAAACAAUCAUGCAGUUAUGCCAUGACCGAGGUUAUCUGGUAACUCAGGACGAGUUGGACCAGACUCUGGACGAGUUUAAAAGUCAGUUUGGUGAUAAGCCCAGCGAGGGUCGGCCGCGGCGAGCCGAUCUCACUGUACUGGUGGCCCAUAAUGACGACCCAACAGAUCAGAUGUUUGUUUUCUUUCCGGAGGAGCCCAAAGUCGGCAUCAAGACCAUCAAAAUGUACUGUCAACGCAUGCAGGAGGAAAACAUCACACGAGCCAUCAUCGUGGUGCAGAUGGGCAUGACGCCGUCUGCCAAGCAGUCUCUGGUGGACAUGGCUCCUAAAUACAUCCUGGAGCAGUUUCUCCAGCAGGAACUUCUCAUUAACAUCACAGAGCAUGAGCUGGUCCCCGAACAUAUAGUGAUGACAAAGGAGGAAGUGACAGAGCUGCUGGCUCGAUAUAAACUGAAGGAGAAUCAGCUGCCUAGGAUCCAAGCUGGGGACCCGGUGGCUCGAUACUUCGGCUUGAAAAGGGGCCAGGUGGUGAAGAUCAUUCGACCCAGUGAGACAGCCGGGCGGUACAUCACCUACAGGCUGGUGCAGUGAGGGCAGCAGGGUAGUCUGCCUGGCCUCAAGAGGGUGCUAAAGAGCCUGGAUUGUGACCGUGUCUCAGAUAUUUCGCUUAAUGAUAGCUCUGGACUGAAGGACCCCAGUGGGACGUUAAACCACAGGAAAGUGGGACUCUGACAUAGAAGAAUUCCGUGUUUUUCCUUGACUUCCUUGAAUAUCCAUGUGAAUUUGAGUGUUUUUCCUUUUGAAACUGUAAAUUUUUCUGUUUUUCAAUAGAAAUCAAACUUGUGUAU